AUGAAAAAAAUACUAUUUGUACGUAAUACAUUUCAACACACAGCAAAUUCAGUGCAGAUUGUACAAACACGGAAAUAUUCAUCUGAAUUCAAAUCAAACACCUUUUUUAAAAAGGCAUUACCAAUUCAUUUAGAAAGUCAAGAAUUAAGCAGCCGACAUGUUCUUGAAAAAGCACUCAAACCACAUAAAACAAAUGAAAUUCUUAUCAAGUGCACAGAGUUUGAUGCGUCGGGUGGAGUUAAAGUUGUGUCAGGCGAAUUUAAAAAAGCAGAUUUAUGCAGUAAACAUGGAUUGCUGCCAAGAGAUUUACGAAAAAUAGAUACAGGAAUCCAAUCACUUGUACCUUCAAUUUUAGUACGAAAAAGUUCUAUUUUGAUUAACUUAUUACAUAUUCGUGCACUGCUUAAAGCUGAUGCAGUAUUAUUAUUUAAUGUAUAUGGAAGCACAGACACACAUACGCAAAGCGUAUUUAUGUAUGAUUUAGAAGGAAAAUUACGACAGGGAAGCAAAGCAAUGGGAGGUUUGCCAUAUGAAUUUAGAGCAUUAGAAGCUAUUCUCAUCAGUGUUUCUACGGCUCUGAAUGCAGAAAUGAAAUUCCUUAAUUCACUUGUAAAAGAAGUGUUAUUACAACUUGAAGAAGAUAUAAAUCGUGAACGUAUCAGAAAUCUAUUAAUUUAUUCGAAAAAAGUGUCUGCAUUUGCACAAAAAGUUACAUUAAUACGAAACGCAUUAAAUGAAAUUUUAGAUCAAGGCAUAACGCUUUAUUAUAUUGAUUUUUUUGGAAAAAUACGUCCACUUAAUCAACACGAUGAAAUUGAACUAUUACUUGAAUCAUAUUUAAAACAGACUGACGAAAUUGUCCAAUCUGUAAAUAAUCUAGUUUCAAAUAUUAAAAACACCGAAGAAAUUGUCAAUAUUGUUCUUGAUGCAAACAGAAAUUCACUAAUGUUGAUGGAAUUAAAGGUAUCUAUAUUAACGUUAGCUGUUAGUUCAGGUGCCAUUAUUUCUGGACUAUUGGGUAUGAAUCUAAAGAAUUUUAUGGAGCAUUUACCAUAUGCAUUUGCCGGUAUAUCAUCUCUUGUAUUUACCAUUGCAACUAUUGUCGGAAUUUUUGGUUUAAAAAAAAUCAAAAAAAUUCAAAGACUUACAUUAUGGGGAAAAGAUCAUAUGAUUGUUAAACGAUAA